CCAUCCCUUUCCCUUUCUCUCUUAUAUUCAACACCUUUUACUACUUCAUUCAUCUCUAUAAUUAUAUAUACACACGCACACACGCUUCCCUCUCCGUCUCUCCACCAGUUCGAUCGGUCGUCAUGACGCCGGCCUUCGUCCACCGUGAUCGGAACACGGUCUGCGUCAUGGACGCUGCGUCUCGCCUCGGCGUCUCCCUCGUCAUGCGACUCCUGCAAAGAGGAUACACAGUUCAUGCCGCCGCCUACAGCCGGACUGGCGACUUUAGUGCGACCUUGGAGCGGUUAUCGGCCGAGGACCGGCGGCGGCUACGUCUCUUUGCAGCCGACCCCUUGGACUACCACAGCAUCGUCGACGCCGUCGGCGGCUGCUCGGGACUCUUCUACGCCUUCGAGCCCCCGCAGGAUCAGCCCUAUGACGAUUUGGUGGUGGACGUCGAGGUGAGAUCCGCUCACAACGUGGUGGAAGCAUGCGCACAGGUGGAAACUAUGGAGCGGGUGGUGUUCACCUCCUCGGUGACCGCCGUGAUUUGGAGAGAAGGCCGUGAACCGGCGGUGGAAUUCGACGAGAGAGAAUGGAGCGAACCCUCCUUCUGCAGGAAAAACAAACUUUGGCACGCGGCGGCGAAGACGCUGGCGGAGAAGACGGCAUGGGCGUUGGCGAUGGACAGGGGCGUCGACAUGAUCUCCAUCAACGCGGGGCUGGUGAUGCUGCCCGAGCUCUCCGUCAACCCCCCCUACUUGAAGGGCGCUCUGGAGAUGUACCGCGCCGGCGUCCUCGUCACGGUGGACGUCGACUUCCUUGUCGACGCCCACCUCGCCGUGUACGAGAGCGCCGAGGCUUACGGACGCUACCUCUGCUUUGACAACGUGAUUUGCCGGCCACUGGACGCCGCCAAACUGGCGCAGAUGAUCUGCCCCGACGCCCUCCACCCCCCUGCUGCACGGAACGAGCUGAAGGUGGCAGAGCAGCAUAUCCAGAACAAGAAGCUUAACCAGGUACUGAUGGACUUCGAUCCAGGCAGAAGGGUCGAUGAGUAGAGGUUGAACAGAGAAACGAUGGAUUUACAUGAAAGUCGAUUGAUAUUGUGCAUAGAGUGAUUACAUUGUCAGGUUCCUUUUGCACGAGAAAAUAAUUUCUUGGAAUGAAAAAUUACACCAUAUGAUUUGCAAAUUGCAAUUGUGGCCUGUCUAUCACUUGCAACUGUGAAAUAAGCUUCAAUCUGUCAAUUUGUCUGGCAAAUUCCAGUUCCAAUAGAGAGAGAAAGUUCAAAACUUUCAGCUAAUUCAGGAAUUUGAGCUUGCACGCUCUGCCUGCUCAGUCCAAUUCAGCACCGAAACGCUUGGGCAGAGCACUUGCAGAUCCAGCUCCCGAAGCGCCGCCAUCUGCGACGCGGCCGGGUGGCGACGCAGGUUCACCUCCACCUACGCGCCAUAGCACCCGCGCUCCGGGACGCGGUUUGUAAAGGAGGCGGAGUCCUGCUCUUUCUUGACAGCCAUCAGCUGAGAGUGGGUCACCUCCUUGUCCGCCUCCGCAAACUGGAGAUUGGCGCACAGCACGUACAAUCUCUUGCUCCGCUUCUAGCGCCUCGGCGACUCCGUCUCCACGUGGCUGACCGGCUCGUCGCGGCCUUUGGCCGUCUUCGCCCGCGCUUCCGCAACGUCCGCUUCUCCACCGCCCUAGCCACCCGGAGGUUCUCUACCUCCGGAAUAGAGGGCUCCAUGUCGAAUAUUCCGAGCCAGCAGAAAGGCGAACGGAUGGGAACAGGAACAUCCCAGAUAGAUGUUGGUCGACGCGACGUGACCUCGUUGGAGCUGUCAUCCUUUUUAUCAUCGUCGAGCGGCGCGGCGGCGAUCUCAAUCAAAGACGGAUCUGAGAGGCAGGGCAUCGAUACAGUGGUGAUGAAGGGUCCUAUCGUGGUGUCACGAUGGAGGUCAACUCUGGUCAAAAUCAAGGAGGUUAACGCGGAGAAGGCAUCGUCUGAUGGGAUGAAACAUACCCCGACUGAGGAGAAGGCCCCGACCCAUCGUCGACUUCGACACGGGGAGCAUUCAAAACAGCUGAUGCUCAAAGGAGAUGGCGCGCAGAAGCUGAGUCGAGCGGCUGCCCCGCUCGACAUGAAAUCAAGAGUUCAACUUCGGCCCAGUGACCACCUCGCUCGGCCAGACAUCAAAGCAUGACAGCGUCAGAGUUCGACUUCGGCCGAGCGCCUACCCCGCUCGGUCUGAUAAUAGAAUCGACAUCAGCCGAGCACGCGGACAGUGGACUUCCGAUCGAGCGGGUAUCCCGCUCAACCCAGCAACAAAGAAUGCGAUAGGGGACUUCCGACCGAGCGGCUAUCCCGCUCGGCCCAGUAACAGACAAUACUUGGACAGUAGACUUCCGACCGAGUGGCUAUCCCGCUCGGCCAAGCAACAAACACCGCAGGCUAGCUAUCUUUUGAUAUCCUUUUGGGAGUUAGUGCCGCUGACAGGCGGCAUGGUCAGACAGAGGAUCGUACGACAUCGGAAGCUUCUACUAUCACUUCAGAGAUAUGCUCGGCCCGUUAAGGUACUGUGUUAGGGGCACUUUACUGACACGUCUUUUCAGAGAAAUCUUUGAGACGCGUAUCUACCUUGGGAAGCGUGCACACAUGCUACAGGAACUCUAUAUAAAGGGAAGUCCAAGCAUCAGCGGAGGUUCCAUUGGGGAAGUGCCAAUUCUCUUGGUGAAGCCACAAUCCUACAUGAACUACAGCGGAGAAUCGGUAGGGCCACUUGCUGCAUAUUAUCAAGUGCCAUUACGGCAUAUUUUAAUUAUGUAUGACGAAAUGAGUUUGCCCAAUGGUGUUUUGAGGGUUCAGCGAAAAGGCGGUCAUGGACAUCACCAUGGAUUCUCCGAAUGCCUCCUGAAGCUGUCGAUCUUGUAUCUAGACUUCUACAAUACUCUCCAAACCUGAGAUGCACUGCUGUGAUGAGUUUAGCCAUUCCUUAAAUUUGCACUAGAUACUACGACUCGUGCAUCUGCUGAGUUCUUUACUUUAGUACAGUUGGAAGCACUAGUUCAUCCAUUCUUUGAUGAGCACUAGUUGUUUGACAGACCAGUUUAAAGCCGCAUCCACUUGUUUAGAUCUAAGAUGGACUACUCCACCGAGGUUGGUGAGUUGGCUAGCAUCUGAAUUAAGGAUUCGUCAGAGUUAUUUGACACGAGGAUCGGAGUUAACUUGAGGAUCGGAGACGACCACUGAGGACUUAACUAAUUUUAUGGAAUGAAAAGUGUGCCAUGAUGAAUUUACAAUUUCUAAUUCAUGAAGUGUCAUUUGUGCGACGGGGUUGCAUGCAACUGGAGUUCGGACUACGUUGAACUCUGUUUUUUAAUUUGUUGUGUUAGAUUUUGUAGUUUAAAAGAUGUAAUCUUGCAUCCUGUAUAAUUAUACUCGAGUUGUUUCAAUCCAAAUUCUUUAAUUGUUAGGUGCUAAAA